CGGAUGUUUCGGAAUUAAGCAGGUUUUCCCUACCUUAGGUUUGAUGGUGGGGUUGAUUCGUUCAGCUGUUUGGCUUCAGUACCUCUAGUUGUACUUGUACACUUCAGUUUUUGACUUGUAUCCGUCUCUUGUUCGAGGUCGCUCCUUCUUAGCCCGCUUGCUCAUCGUCACCCAUUGAGUCCCUCCUUCCUGAUCUUGAUUGUGUCCUUGGAGCCCCCCUUUCAGAGUUGAUUUUACGGCUACCAGCACCUUCCUUAUUCAAGGCGCUUCGUUACUCACGACGAAAACCUGAACAAAAGCUACCGAAAAAGAAAAAAAGAAAAGAAGAAAAAAAAGAGAUCGAGACGCCAUACUGUCAAGCUGAGUUGAUGCUAGUGGUGAGAGACUUAUCCAGGGACGGAAUAGCUUCUGAUUCGCCAGCAAGUCACUUAAAAAAAAACGUCGUCUAUCAAGCUUUACCUCUAGCUUCAAAAAAGGAUCCUUUCACCACCGCUACAUUUCGAUAUACAACCACCAAAGCAUCAUGCUCGAGUGCAGUGUAUAGACGAAGCUUGGUCGCCUUCUCUCUGUUUCUGUCCUCCGCUGAUAGCUUCCUCGCGUUACGCUGGAACUACGUCUCCCACACCACCAGGCCGCCGAUCCCUUCCCAGGAUCACAGCAUCCAAGGGAUAUAUAGACACCGCAAGGUCUGAGACUGGGGUAGAGCUGGCCUCCGCCAUUUUCCUCCAGCUUCCUGUUGGGCGCUUCACCCCAAAGCCAGUCUCACAGGGCAAUUCUUGGCUUCUUGUCGACAAGCUACCGGCCUGUUUCCCAAAACAAUCAUUUCUGCUGUGCAACGCCAACACCAGAACCCAUCCCGCGAAUGGAGGCAUGAUAGUCAAACACCGACAACCAUGGAUCACGAACAUCAGAGCAGGAGGCAUAAACUGGGCGUCGUCUCCGGCGUCUACAUCCCAGUAUGCCUCAAUAUUCUCAGUAUCCUCAUGUUCUUGAGGUUCGGCUCCAUCUUGGGUCAGAUUGGUCUACUUGGCAUGCUUGGACUUCUCUUCAUUGCCUACUCGGUUGAUUUUGUCACUACUCUGUCUCUAUCUGCCAUUGCCUCCAAUGGCGAGGUCAAGGGAGGUGGUGCCUACUAUCUCAUCUCCAGGUCCCUUGGCCCCGAGUUUGGAGGGUCCAUCGGCAUCCUGUUUUAUUUGGCGCAGGUCUUGAACACCGCACUCAACGUCGUCGGUCUCAUCGACUGCCUGAGGCUGAAUCUGGGAUCUGUCAUGGCUCAGGGAUACUGGUGGACCUACCUGUUCGAGACAGGCGCGUUGUUGGUAUGCACUCUACUGUGCCUGGCUGGCAGCGCCAUGUUUGCAAAGGCGAGCAAUGCCUUGUUAGCCAUCAUGGUCAUCUCCAUCCUGAGCAUUCCCGUCUCGGCCAUUUUCCUGCCAUCAUUCAACGAUCCGGUCAGUGGCAUCGAGUUCACAGGCGUCAGUCUCACCACUUUGCGAUCCAACCUGUGGCCGCAUUUUGCAGGUGAUGAGUUCAAAGGAGCUGGCACCUUUAGGGAUCUCUUCGGCAUCCUGUUCCCGGCAACUUCGGGUAUCUUUGCUGGCGCGUCCAUGUCGGGUGAUUUGCGAAACCCCAGCAAGGACAUCCCUCGCGGAACUCUCUGGGCCAUGUUGUCAACUCUCAUCUCGUACGUCGUGGUCAUCAUCUCGCUGGCCUCGAGUACGACACACGGCACGUUUCUGCGAAAUACCAACGUUAUCCAGGAGACAAAUGUUUGGCCUCCAAUCAUCUUUGCCGGAGAGUUUGCAACAUGCUUUUUCUCGGCUUUGAUGGGAGUGAUAGGCUCUGCCAAACUCAUGCAGGCCUUGGCCAGAGACAAACUGGUUCCUGGUAUCUCCAUCUUUGGAAAAGGCACCAAGAAGACUGAUGAGCCCUUGCUCGCUAUCUUCUUAACGUACAUCGUUGCUCAGUUUGCCAUGUUCGCGAACCUGAAUCAGAUUGCAACCUUCAUCUCCAUGGGAUACCAAAUGACUUUCUUCGUCAUGAACCUCGCUUGCUUCCUGCUCAAGAUUGGCUCCGCCCCCAACUUCCGCCCAGGCUUCAAGUUCUUCAGCUGGCAGACUGCCUUCGCCGGUAGUGUGCUUUCAGCGGCUGCCAUGUUCUUCAUCGACGAGACGUAUGCUACCACUGCCGUCUCACUGCUCGUUACUCUGUUCCUGCUAAUUCACUAUCUGAGUCCGCCUAAGCGCUGGGGCGAUGUAUCACAAAACUUGAUCUACCACCAAGUCCGAAAAUACUUGUUGAGGCUGAAACCAGAGCACAUCAAAUUCUGGCGACCGCAGAUCAUCCUACUCAUCAACAACCCGAGAAAGCAAACCCGCCUCAUUCAGUUCUGCAACUCGAUGAAGAAGGGCGGACUGUACAUCCUCGGCCAUGUCAUCGUCACCGAUGAUUUCUCCGCGGGAGUUACCGAGGCAAAACUCCAACAAGCGGCGUGGUCAAAGUACAUAUCGGAGUUCUCGAGGAUCAAGGCUUUUGUCCAGCUCACCAUGUCACCAACCAUCACUUGGGGCGUGAGGAACCUGAUCCUCUCGGCAGGCCUGGGUGGUAUGCGGCCCAACAUUGCCGUCAUUGGCUUCUACAACCUGGACGACCUGCGGCGUUCCCGGCCAACACUGCGUAUAUCCCACCAGGCGCCGACGUCACAUACUAAGAGUCCGCAGACUACUGAAACUAAACAACCCGUGAGGCAGCGAAAGAGAGGCGAUACUUCGGCUAGGUUGAUGGAAGGAUUUUUGCCCACUGACGUGAUCAGGACCGAAGAGAUGAUGUCGGUUAUUGAUUAUCUUACUAUUCUAGAGGAUCUGGCUUUGCGAUAUCGUCUGAAUGUGGCGGUUGGUAAAGGGUUUGAGACCCUGGAGACACCGAGGAAAGAUGGGAGUAACACCAAGAAGUACAUUGAUCUUUGGCCUAUCCAGAUGUCGGCGGAGCUUUCCGCGGACGGCAGGAAUGUUCUGACCACCAACUUUGAUACAUACACUCUCAUCUUGCAGCUGGGUUAUAUCCUCGAUACUGUCCCCGCUUGGAAGAAGGUUUACCAAGUUCGUGUUUUGGUAUUCGUUGAAUACGAAAGCGAGGUUGAAGAGGAAAGAGGACGAGUCAAGGCUCUCCUUGAAAAGCUAAGGAUCGAAGCCGAGGUGCUGGUCUUCUGGCUGGCCUCUGGUGAUCUCGGUACAUACGAGGCCAUCAUCCACGGGCGUUUCCGAGAUCAAGAAACGGAGAAACUGGUCAAUGAUUGUCUAGUGGGCCAAGAAUGGUGGGAAGAACUUCAGAAGAUUCGGGGAACCCAUGAAGAGACCUCACAGCCCGACAUGAGUUCCGUACUGAACAUCGUUGAGUCGACUUCGGGACGACCGGGGUUGUACAAUCCACACAGCGAGCUCCCUGAUCCGCGCGAUAGGAGGCGCGCCAGCUGGGCGCCACUGGCUGAUUUUCCCAAGAAGCCCACAGUCUCACAGUUGGUUCGGCUGGGUGUCAGCAUGGGAAUACACACUCAGAACCUUGCGGCGAAUGUGCUGGACAGCUCAGACACAGACGUUGACGGCGAGAGCGACAGCGACAGCAGCUCAUCUAGCGGUACAUUGGAUGGAGAUUUCAAUGAUGCUGCAAGUGUCGCAAAUAAUGGCGGCCUUGAAGCACUUGAACCGUCGCGACUUCCUCUAUUGGGAGCCACUAGACGAAUGAGUCACGGAGACCUCUUCGAUCGCUUGAAGAAGCCUUGGAAGGAUAGGAGAUCGCGGAAGGCAGGAGGACCAUCUGCACAGCAAUCUUAUGGCGCAGUGUCUCAGGAUACCGGGCCAAGUCGCAAUAAUGGUUCAGAAGGCAGGUCUAGCAAGAGGGACGAUUUUCUGAGCGUGGGCACGGAGCGAUCAUCCCACACGACAACGCCAACACUGUCGCGACAAAACUCAUCAAUCUUAAAAAGCUCUACCGCCAGAAAGUUCACCAGCUCACUGGUCCCGGAAACAAGGAUAACCAGUGAUGACACAGGACCACAGAUUAUGUUUGCAGAAGAUCAGGCUCGCCCCGGGAUAUCACGUCGGUCCACACCGGGGACCACUGCACUUCUUUCAAGCAAACAACCCGCCAGAAAUACAAUUGGUGACGGCAACGGAGGAGGUCCUAGAACGGUCUGCUUUGUUGAGCCUCGCUACGAUGGGGCUUCAUCGUCCCCAGACAAGUCAAGAGCAAACUCCCCGGCAAGGACUGGAAUUGGCAGCGGCAGUGGUGAUGUCCUGCUUGACAUACCCGAGCUACUCUCUUCAUACAGACUUCAGCAACAGCAGCAACAGGACGAUGAUGCCGCUGAAGCUGGCUCGAGCUAUUCUACCCAAGGGCUUCCGCUCUCCUUUAACGACCUCCCAAGCCGGGCGCAGCAUCUGAUUUUGAACGAGCUGAUGCGGCAGAAUAGCGCGGACACGGCAGUCCUCUUUACCACGCUCCCGGUACCUGAGGAAAACACUUGUCAAAGUGAGGAGGCAAGUUUGACGUACCUGUUCGAUGUUGAGGUGCUUUGCAAUGGGUUACCGCCCAUGUUGCUGGUUUUGAGUAACAAUAUGACGGUUACUGUGAGCCUCUGAGGCUUUUGGUGCUGGUCAUUCUGUUCUCGUACCCCCGGCCAGGGCAAAUGCGUCAUCGGGACCAGAGUGAUGGGGAAUAGAAAUCAGAAUCACACAGUCGCACGCCCUCCAUCUACCGGAAAAGAGAGUUUGUGUUUCACUAUGGGCAUUGUUUGUGAUACCCCAAAUACUUCCGUGCCUGGAACAAAGACUGAGGAGAUACCUGGGUAGGUUAAUUGGCAAGCGGGAUUCGCACAGCCGAGACACGCAAGACAAGGCCAGAUUCGGCAGUGCACUGGGUUUUUUUCUUUGUUCAUUACGCUAGUUGAAGGAAUUAAGGGAAGGAAGAGACAUGCCGUCAGCGGAAAACUCAAUCCAAGUUAAAGCCGUAUUUGCUCGUACAAAGGAUGAUUAUGCUGCCUCGCUCUUGGUUAUGUAAGAAGAGUCCUUU